AUGGGUGGCAAGAAAGUCUGCGUCGUGGGCUCUGGCAACUGGGGCUCGGCCAUCGCCAAGAUCGCCGGCGCCAACGCGGCGCGGCUGGGCGCGUUCGAGCAGCGGGUGCACAUGUGGGUGCUGCAGGAGGACGUGGGCGGCCGCCGGCUCACCGACAUCAUCAACACGGAGCACGAGAACGUCAAGUACCUGCCGGGCCACAAACUGCCUCCCAACGUGGUAGCAGAGCCAGACCUGCUGAAAGCCUGUGCUGGGGCUGACAUCCUCCUGUUCGUGGUGCCCCAUCAGUUUAUCGGCAAAGUCUGUGACCAGCUCAAGGGCCACGUGAAGAAAGAUGCCAUUGGGGUGUCACUCAUCAAGGGGGUGGAUGAAGGACCAGAGGGGCUGAGGCUGAUCUCAGACAUAAUCCAUGAGAAACUGGGCAUAGAGAUGAGCGUCCUGAUGGGGGCCAACAUUGCAAAUGAAGUGGCAGAAGAGAAGUUCUGCGAAACGACCAUCGGCUGCAAGAAUGCACAGCAUGGGCAGACUCUGAAGGAGCUGAUGCAGACACCCAACUUCAGGGUGACGGUGGUGCAGGACGCUGACACCGUGGAGAUCUGUGGGGCUCUCAAGAACGUUGUGGCUGUAGGAGCUGGUUUCUGUGAUGGGCUCAGCUAUGGAGACAACACAAAGGCUGCUGUGAUCCGUCUGGGACUGAUGGAGAUGAUUGCCUUCGCCAAAAUCUUCUGUAAGGGCCCUGUUGCCUCCUCCACCUUCCUGGAGAGCUGCGGUGUUGCUGAUCUCAUCACGACCUGCUACGGUGGCCGUAACCGCAAGGUGGCCGAGGCUUUUGCCAGGACUGGGAAGUCUAUUGAGCAGCUGGAGAAGGAGAUGUUGAAUGGGCAGAAGCUGCAGGGUCCCCAGACGUCUGCUGAGCUGCAUCGCAUCCUGAAGAGCAAGAACAUAGUGGACAAGUUCCCCCUCUUCACAGCUGUGUAUCGGAUCUGCUACGAGGGCAAACCUGUCACUGACGUCAUCAAGUGUCUCCAGAACCACCCUGAGCACAUGUGA